CAUCAACUUGAAAAGGAGCAUGGCAUCCACGGGCAUGCAGAUAUUUGGAUUUGUCCUUGCGCUGUUGGGCAUCAUGGGUGCUAUGGUGGCCACUCUGCUGCCCAACUGGAAGGUCAGCGCAGAUGUGGGCUCCAACAUCAUCACAGCAAUUUCCCAGAUGCAGGGUCUGUGGAUGGACUGCACAUGGUACAGCACAGGCAUGUUCAGUUGCACACUUAAGUAUUCGGUGCUUUCACUACCUGCGUACUUGCAGACUGCCCGUACCACUAUGGUGCUCUGCUGUGUAAUGGCUGCCAUGGGUCUCUGCCUCGCAUCCCUGGGACUAAAAUGCACACGUUGGGGUGGUGGACGACGCUCCAAGCGGCACGCUGCGAUUGCCAGUGGCGGCUGCUUUGUCGCUGCAGGCUUUCUGUGUCUGGUGCCUGCUUCCUGGUUCACCAACGAGGUCAUCACCAACUUCCUGGACUCCAGUGUGCCUGAGAGCAAUAAGUUUGAGCCUGGGGGUGCUGUGUACGUGGCCUUUGUUUCAGCGGGAUUUCUCUUUGUGGGGGGGUCCAUCUUCUGUAUGUCCUGCUCGGGGAAGAGGCACGGCCCCCAGGACCUGGUCCUGCUCCCUCCCCCUGACAAACUGCUGCUCCAGCAGCAGCAGCAGCAACAGCUGCUUCAGCAGCAGCAGGAGCUCCAGCACCAGUACUGCUCUCUCUCCCCAUUAGACAAUAAGACUGGCUACAGCCUGCAGGACUAUGUGUAAUAAAGCAGCGCUGUGUACGCUACGGCUAAAGGGAGACGAGCCUGAGGGGAAUCCAUCGCGGCUUAUGCUACACACUAGGCUCCACUCCAGAUGGAGGUGGAGAAAAAUGAGAGAGGAGGGCAACAACUUUGAAUUCAUUUUCCCUUCUCCUCUAUCUUGCUCUUCUCCCUUUUUCUGUUUUGCAAGCACAAGCACUGGAGGUAUUCCCUAAGCAGCGCCUUGGAACAAACAGUGUGAAUGUGUAAGGAGCCAGGAUAAGGUGCUGCAGCAUCGAAGGAAGCCGCUAACCAAAUGCAGACAUCCUUCAUCAGUAAAUCACAGAAAGAGUUCCCCGGGGAAUGGAUUAAGCAAAUAAGGAAGCCUUCUGUGUAGAUCCCCCCCCCCCCCCCCUCGCCAAAGGUUUGAAUUGAAAGAAAAAAGCAAUCAUUUAGCUGCUAUUUACAAUCGUCUUGUACCCUCUCAAUUGACAAAAUAGGCAAUAAAAUGCCUGGGAGACCUUUUCAUAGCAAGCCAUUGUAGUUUUUCGUAUACUUAUCCACUAGAAUGCUACGAGGAAUUGAUUGAAAUAAAUAGUCAUAUUUUUGUUAGCUACUAGAAUGAUGUUGAUAUUUUGCCUCUAAAGCAUGCUGUGUGGAGCCUGUCUGUGUAUUAAUACAGCGGCAUGCCUGGUAGAAGACUGAGACAUAGCCACAAAAUGCCUGUGCCUGAAAAGCUGUAGAAACAUUACCCUGCUGUAACUGUUCAAAGAGGACUGUCAGGAGGAGUAGAUGUGGACUGCUGGGCUGGAUUUAAGACGGAAAAUGCAUACAAACAGCUGCCUGCUUCUCUCUCUGCAGGUGGAAAUAUGAGAGAGAUGGAGAAAAUAAGUUAAAAGGCGAUUCAACCCUUAAGCAGUGGACUAUCUGAUGAGCUGUUUAUAUAUUUACACCGAGACAAAAACAUACUGUCUGUGAGUAGCAGCUACCCAUCCUAAUCCAUCCACCCAUUGUUGCACGCCCUCAGACAUGCACACCCACACACUUACUCAUGCUCUUGUGUGUGUUUGUAUACACAGUAAACACUCAGACAUGCCGGCUUUUUGCAUGUGCUUUUCACUCCUGUCAUCCUCCUCCGCACUGCCAUGGAAACGGUAUUCAAAUAUCUGUAUUGUCUGGGGGUAUGUGCAUGUCAGUCAGUGAUUUGAAGUUGUUUAGGGGGGCAUCUUUUUUUUUUUCCUCCAGGCAAGGCUCCAGAAGCUUUAAUCAAAGCCUUUGCUCACACUCCUUUCACUAAUCCGCUUUAUUAGCCAGUGACAUGAGGCAGCAUCCCUGUUACAUGGUCAGAGGUUUUGGAGAAUGCUCUUCCUUGCUGCCCGCUGGUAUGGUGUCUAUACCAUGCAGGGAUGAACGGGUGUUUAAUGGUGCAGUGGAGGGGAGGCAAAGACGAGGCUGAAUAGGAGAAGCUCCUUGAGUCAUGGUCGACUGGGUAGCUGUGUGGCAGGCAGCUAAAAAAGGUUUGAGUCAUUCUCCAUAUGUGACUUGUUUUCCAAGUGCGUCAGCAGUGCGCAUAUGCUUCCAGUCUGCACCUGCAGAAGGUCUCAGUGUCUUAAAUUGCAGCCACUUGAGUAAGCCACCCAUCCUCCUUGUCAUUCUUUUUUUUCCUCACCCUUUCUGUCCUGUUUGUGUCACAUGUCACAAGGAUGUGAUUGCUGACAUGAGCAAGAGCUGAUGCAUGUUGAAAGCAUGGCCGCCCCAGCACACGCGCACAUUACCAAAACUCCCACCUACUCAUAUGUCAGCAGCUCUGCUACGCUUUCAGACAGUAAUGUUCUCCUCUUUACUGAGGGAGGGAUAUCUGAGGUUUUCAUGCUUGAGACAGGCCUUGGCAGUGAUGUAUAGAACUGCACAUUCUCUCCUUCUCUCUCAUAAACAUGCAGCUUCCUGGGGGAGAGCAGAUGGCUGAGCCCAGCUCGCCACCUGCAGGCUGCUGCCGGCACGCCACGGGCAUCUCUGUGGGCACCACUGCCGGCCCUGGCAGCCCUCUAGGGCCAGGUUUCCACCCCUCCCUGACUUAGCCAUCUUGCCCAGCAUAGACCAUAGCCGACAGAACUGGCCUCCUGACAAUAUCUCACUGCCCAGGCACCAUAACCAAUGCAAUAAACAAAGAAGAAUGUGCCAUGUCAUCAACUAAUACCGACACGUUAUGUGUUUUGAGAAUGUGCCAAAUCGUCUCAUGAUGACACGUUUUAAUACUUUCUGGAGUUCUUUCUGUUUAUUUUUUUAUUGCGUUGUUUGUACGUGAAUUAUACAUCAGCAAAUGUUUUAUGGAUUUGUGAUUUGUUCUGCCAGACUAAGUCUCAAGUCAACUAGAUGCUUGUGUGCAGUCCAGUGCAGCUUUCGAGGGUUAUUUUAAAUCCUCUUUAUUCCUCAUUUCCCAAAGCACAGCAAGACUUUAUCAGGAAGAGAGUUUCAUUGAAAAGACAUGAGUGUGGUAUUUUCUAAGUGAAAUUUUUUUUAUUCGUUUCAGGAAUUCUGGUUCACUGUAAGUCUGUGAUAACUGUACACAAGUAUCUAGGCUUUUCAAAGUGUUUGUUUUCACUGAGGGAUCAGGGUCCCUCAGAUUGUUUCAAUAUAAAAUACAAUACCAUGUCCAUACCAUAUCUUCUUUAUAAGAAGACUACUCAAUGCACCUUGGCUUGUGUUACUUUAUUUGACAGCAGUUUGUUUCAAACGGCUGAGCAUUCCAAGUUUCCUGGACCAGUACAAAUACUGUACAUAACACUACUG